AUGGAGAGGGUGAUCCGCCGCUGGGACUCGACGCCGGAGGACGUGAUCGUGCUGCAGACCGGCGGGGGCCCGGUUCGCCCGCAGCCGUCGUCGGCUGGGAUCGUGCCGCAGCAGCAGUGCCCGGACCUGCCGCCGCCGCCGCCGGAGAAGCUCUACUACAAGACCAAGCUCUGCGACAAGUACGAGACCACCGGGUUCUGCAUGUACGCCGAAGGCUGCACCUUCGCCCACGGCCACGCCGACCUCCGCCGCCCGACGCACGGCUUCGCCGACCUGCGCCGCCUGCCGCCCGACGCCCACGGCCCUGCUGGCGCGGUCGGCGGCAGGGUGUGCCACAACUUCAGGGACAGGGGCGUCUGCCACUACGGCGAAAAGUGCGUCUUCCCCCAUACAUCUGCACCAGGAUCGGGUCGGGAGAUUCGCAACACAGGGGAGCCGCGGAGGAGCGAGGCCUCGCCUGCUGCGAGGGCGUCGUCGGCCACGGCGCCGCGCUAUGGCUCGGCUCCGGGGAGGGCCUUCCCGCCGCUGCCUGCGCCGGUCGUUCCCCGUCAGAUGCCGGAGCAGCAGCAGCAGCAGGGUGCUCCCAAGGUCAGCGUCCUGGAGCGUCUGAGCCAGAGGAAGACCCGUGGCAUCUACGGCGACUGGCCGGAGCAUCUCUGA